CAUUUAGGCUAGCUCGCACUUUUUUGUUGGCUAUUUUGUACCCAGCCUGGCCCUAGGCCUAGUAGUAGAUUAGAAUCAGCGGCGGCGCCAGUGAGUGAGUGGUUAAUCCGCCUGUCGGACGGGCCAAUGAAUGAAUGCCCUCUGUCUACUAUUGGACUAGGCAGUUUUUAUAGUAUUAUUAAAAAAAAAAAAAAAAUAGACAAAAGGAAGGAUUUUUUUUUUUUUUUUUCUUAAUUUGAGCAUUAUUAACUGCCUGCAACUCUCAGUACUGUAUUUUUAUAGUAGAAUAUCUUUAAUUUAAAAUGACCAAAGAUUGUCCAAUUUUGUCAAUGCACCAGCGGGGCAAGAUCUUAAUGUAGGGCCUAGGCCUAGUCCCUUGACCCUGCUUGAGUCAGUCAGAAUUGACCACUUUUGGACAGCCUUUAACUUUAAGGUCUGGUGCCGCUACUGCCACUGGAACUAAGGUGUAAAGUAUCUGUAUCGACCAAGGCUUACAAAAUAAUAAAAUACAUUUUUAUUAAAAGAAAAUAUAUAUUAAAUAAUUGAAUUGAUUUGAAUACAGUAAUGUAUCUAGUUUUCAAUUGAACAGUUUCUCUUUAUUUACUGUGUAGGCCUACUGUAAUUUUUAUUGAAAUGUUCAUAUUUUAAUAAUGAAUGGAUAAAUGAAUAAUUUUUUUUUUUUUUUUUGUGUUUUUAUGUUUUCAUUGUUGGGCCUAUGUAUGAAUGUUCAGAAUCCCAAAUGACUAUCAGUUAAUGGUUCACUCAUUCAUUGAUGACCAAAUGUAAAUAUUUGUGUAAUGGUCAUUAUCAGCUGCAAUUCAAUGCAAUAAAUAUAGUAAAAUGAAUACUGUAUUCAAAGUAAUGUACUGCAUUCAGUUGUUUUAAAUAAGGAACUGCUGUGAUAAUUAUUAAGAACAUAAAAACACUUAAUUAUUAAUGCAGGUUACAAACGGUAUGAUCUAAUAUUCUGUAAUAUGAACUGUUUUUUGCUAAUAGCAAUCAUCUUUUAAACUUCUGUCCCAUUGCACUGUGUAAAAAAAUGUUAAGUGUCUUUUUUGUUAAGUGUUUCACAGAAGCAGCAAGUAAACCAAUAACAUAUGCAGAACAUGGAGCUAGGAGAACUAGGUCCACCCGAAAAAGAUGUACAAAUUAUUAAAGAAACUGAAAAUGCUGUAACUGAAUUGAAUCGGAAUCAAGAUAAUUUGCCUACCAGUAAUAAUACUGCUGAAAAUGGUACUGACAUUGUUUAUACGGUUGCUAAUAAUGGAACCCAACGUGGACGGCGUCUGCUUCUGGACAGCAGAGGCUAUUCAUAUACUGUGAAGUUGGAUGGCAAAAAGUACACAUACUGGUGGUGCUCAAUGCGGAACCGGAGUAGGCGAUGUUGUGCAACUGUACGGCAAACGGCCGACGGUUUUAGAGCUGGAAAACGAGAUCACAGCCACGCUCCUAAGCCCAAGUGUGUCACUAAAGUUAACAUUGUUACAGAGAUCAAAGAGCGAUCAAAAUUGAUGAUACAUGAUUCUGCCCGUAGUGUUGUACAAGACGUGAUCACGAAAUAUUUGAACGCAGAAGUGAUGGCUGGAAGCUUGCCAUGUACAGACACUCUCAUACGUCUCGCCAAUCGGGCACGGGAGCCCCUGCGCCCAAACAACCCGAAGCACCUCAAAUUCAAGAUUAACUACAAAUACAUGCCUGAAGACUACAUAAAGGCUGAUAUUGAAAUUGAGUGCGAAAGACAUAUUCUGCUGGCUACUACAGACCAACUGUCUAUCCUGGCAGAUACUAGGAUCUGGUUUGUGGACUGUACAAAUAAGUUUAUUCAACAACCUUUUACCAAGCUUUUAUCAAUACACACUUUUGUGAGGACGGAACAUCAACUAAAGACCGUCCCGCUUGCAUUUGUCCUGAUGUCGAAACACCGCCAACGUGACUACAAAGCAGUAUUGGAACACAUUAUUAAGAUUCUCCCUCACCGGCAGUCUGUCAGGAAAUGUGUUCUUGAUUUUGAAAUCCCGAUGUGGAAAGCAUUCCAUUCUGUUUUACCUAAUGUAAGCCUUCAAGGCUGUUCAUUCCACUGGGUGAAGUGCGUCUUAAAGAAGGUGCAGAAAAUAACUACAGUUGUGGAGGCAGAAAUUAGGUUAGCGAGAAAAGUAAUGGCACUAGUUUACAUACCACCUGAGGAGAUAGAAGAUGCUCUUAGUAGACUGGAAAAACAAGCCAAGAAGAGUCGUAUUCUAAGCGACAUCAUUAAGCACAUAGACAAACAGUGGGUGCAAAGUAGUUUUUGGAGCCCACAGCAUUGGAGUGUGUUUGAACGGAUUGUACGAACAACCGAGGACGUAGAGGGCUGGCAUAAAACUAUGGUUGAAAAAGACAAAGGAGAGGGGAUUGGUAUGUACAAAUUGGUAGAGCAACUCCACACUGUAUCUCUUGACCUUCCUUUCAAAUGGAGGCUGGUGUCUAAUGAGAAGCUAUAUACACUGCAAAGGGAAAAGAAACACUGCCAGCAAGCAAAGUUGUUCAAAUUCUGGAGAAGAUAUUUAAAACAGAAGAUUAGCAUUGAUGAACUUAUAGACUGCUGUACUCUACUGGAUUAUCCGUUGAUCUAGAGGUCAACAUACUCGAUAAUGUCAUGGAA